AUGCUUUCUAAAGCCGUGCUGCUCGCCGACUUCUUGGCGCAGCUGCGGUCCGAGUCCCAGAGGCAGGAGCAGCAGUCGGCGACGGCCAACCCCGGCGUCGUGGACGUGCUGCCCAGCGUGGGCGCCGAGCUGAAGCCGCCGCCCCCACCCUUGCUGCGCAACAACAACAACAACAACAACAACAACAAUGCGGCGCAGUUCCGCGGGUUUUCCCCAGCGCUGAGUCAGCGCCUGCCGGCUUUCCUGCCGACGCCCGCAUCGCCUCAGCAACAGGUGCGGGCGCAGCAGCAGCAGCAGCAGCACCAACAGCAGCUGCUGCAGUCCGGCACGAGCCCCGUGCUGAGUAGGCAGGUGCCAGACGGCAGGGGACAGCAGGUGCUGAUACAGCAGUCAGUGCUGCCCUUCUCACUGCCCGUACAGCCGCAGCCGCAGCCACAGGACGUUUCGUACGACACCAUCACGCCGGCCCUGCAGUCCCUGCAGAGGCAGCAGCAGCAGCAGCAGCAGCAGUUCCGGCAGCGGCCCAGCCUCCUGCAGAACAACGUCCUGGGCGGGGCCCUCCGGGAGGACAUCGACAUCGUGUCCAAGGUGCUCAGCCUCAACCACCAGCGCCGCAACGACACGGCUGAGGAGGAAGAGCCGUCACUCACCCCUUGA